AUGCCAACAAAACAUGCUCUGUUUCAACGCAGAAUUACAGAGGAUGAUUUGUGUGUGAGGUGCCGAGAUGAUACAGAAAAUUCACUCCAUGCAUUGUGGUCGUGCUCUGAGCUUGAUUUGGUUUGGGCAAACCCGGAACAGUGGAGUUUCAGAGGUGAAGUACAUUUCCUAACCUUCAAAGAACUCUUAUCUUGGAUAAUCAAACACACACAACUGCUGGAAGUAUUUGCAGUCACGGUUUGGUCCAUUUGGAACCAGCGAAACCGAGUGCGGCUUAACCAAACAGCAGAUGCCAUCCAUCAGAUUGCUUUUCUCUCAAAAAAAUGGCUAGCCGAGUACCAAGCAAGACAGAUUAGUCCUAAUCUAGUUCCCAUGCGCACUCAACCAACGAUAUGUAAGUGGCAGCCCCCACCUUCAGGUACGUUCAAGAUUAAUUUUGAUGGAGCGAACUUCCCAACGGAAAAGAAAUCUGGUCUAGGAGUGGUUAUUAGAGAUAGCAGAGGUCUUGUUAUUGCCUCAUGUUCGAAGGUGGUGCACCAGAUGUUAGGCGCUUCUGAGGUAGAAGCUAUGGCUGCGACAUGGGCUCUUUCCUUUGCAGCGGAUGUAGGGGUGAACCGGGCUGUGUUAGAGGGUGAUUCAUUGGAUGUUAUUGCGGGUUUAAGGGAGGAUAGGAUGGUUUUGGUGCCAUACGGAUUACUGUUGGAGGAAGCAAGGUUUUUGUCCCAACAAUUUGAUGAGUUGCGUUACUCUCAUACAAAGAGGGAAGGCAACAAGUUAGCACAUAGUCUGGCUAGACAUGCAGUUGGCAUACCAGAUUUUCUAGUUUGGAUGGAGGAUGUUCCUCCUCAAUUUUAUUCUGUAUUCCAAACCGAUUUAUCGGGUUUUUCUUAA